GAAAACGUUUUUACAGCUUUUUUGAAUCCAGCUGGACUUGCUUUGAAUAGAGAGGUCACGGCUUUAUUUGAUCUACACACAGUGAAUUUGAUGUUUUGACGAACUUCUCCUCAUACUAGCUUCGUCACCUUAUUAUUUUCUGCUUUUUUGAGACACGCUUGCAACUUAUUUUCUCUUUGCAAAUUUGUCGCCUAGAUACGACAGUGAGCGUCCUUGGUAUUUACGAUUGUAAAUAGCUUCAGGAGAAAGAUGGUCGAGGCUGGGGAGGUGGCGGCGUCGGUGGUGGUGGUGGGGGUGGAGGCACUGAUAAUUUGAAGACGUGCCAGAGUUACAAUGUUGGAUUCAAAAGGCAUUUCAAAGAACCGAACUAUGCACUUUUUCCCUUUAUUCCCCACUCUUUUUCUUCUGUCUGUAUUUUUUCCUCCCUUUCUUUCUUUUCGCACGGUUGCAGGCCGUUUGAAUCGACCAAUGGGCCUUCAAGUUGGAGACAUUGGAAUGUAAAUGAGCCCAGCGCGUGCUCCCGGCGCAGUGAAAGCUCGGGAUUGUUUAUUGAGCUCCCUGAGCCACGCGCCUGGCCCGAGGGGGAGUCGGGCUUGCUGGAGAAUCACACAGCGGGGGCGGGGCAUCGCCACGAAAAGCGUGCGUCUCCCCAAAAAGAGGGGUGUGGGUGGGGUGCGUGCUGGGGCGCGUGUUGAAAAAGAGGAGUGCUGCCAAAGUUUGGGUCAGAUCGGCUCGUGGAGUGUAAGCAGUCAAGAGAGAGUUGGACGAGAGUUAGCCACACGGUCCCCACGCGAAGGACACGAGAGCUGAACACUGCCAAACCCACUCACUUACUCUCUGAAUUCAUCACGUUAGAAGCUCUGUCAGCGAGAUGGAAACUGCGACCAUCACCACCACGCAGACGGCAUUCACCUUCGGACGUGCCACCAUCAGUCUGCACGCACCGGCCCAGGACGCAGCGGGACCCGCAGCGCACCCGAACGCCAGCGCGGCAGUCGCCUUCCAGAGCAAAACCAAGGUGCUGAAGAGACAGCGCUCCAGCUCCCCGGAGCUGCUGCGCUGCAAGCGGCGCCUGAGCUUCAACGGCCUCGGCUACUCCAUUCCACAACAGCAACCCGUGGCCGUGGCCCGGCGGAACGAGAGGGAGCGGAACCGGGUCAAGCAGGUCAACAUGGGCUUCCAGACGCUGCGUCAGCACGUGCCGAACGGCGCCGCUAACAAGAAGAUGAGCAAAGUGGAGACGCUCAGGUCCGCGGUGGAGUACAUCAGGGCUCUGCAGCAGCUCCUCGACGAGCACGACGCAGUCUCAGCCGCGUUCCAGUGCGGGCUGCCGUCCCCGACGCUCUCCAACAGCUACUCCGCCGACCCGGAGUCACCUCACUCCACCUACUCAUCAGACGAAGGCGGCUACGAGCCCCUGAGCUCAGAGGAGCAGGAACUGUUGGACUUUACAACCUGGUUUGACAGAUACUGACGCCGCCAGCGCCGCAAUCAAACUCUUUUGGCAAUGAAUCGGACUUCUCGCAAGAAGUGCUGACACAGCUUUCUGCAGCCUGCGCGCUGUGCUUGCAGGUGAUUUGUAUCCCUUGAAGCUUCUGAGGGAGCAAAGCAAUAGUGAGAAAGUGAGAGAGGAAGCAUCCUGUCGCAGAUAAAUAGCGGCCACCUUCCCUCCCUCCUCCACCCCCUGAAAGAAAGAGAGGAGCUGGACUCACACUGGCGCGUGAAAAAUGUUGACGCUCUGUUUGAUUAAGUGCAAUUAAGCUGCGACGCAGCAGGAUAAGUGCAGAAACGGUGCUGAAAUUCCUGCAGGAAACACGGACUGCCUUCCUCACCUGCUGCACUUUUUUUUUCCUCCUGGAAGAUGACGCGUCAACGGACUUUUUCUCAGUUAUGACGUAGUACUUUACAUUUCGUAACACUGUAACAUAGGACAAAAUGUUUUAACACGGAGACAUUAUUUUUGUACAAUGAGCCAAACAGAAAUGUUAUUACUGCCACUUUUUUUUUUUUUUUUUUCUGACGGCGUUGUUGCCCUGAGAAGCAGCUGUCAGGUAUGGCAUGUGUGACGCGUAUGACUACCUGUGACCGAUUGUAGUGUUUUUCUUGUUUUUGAUAGAGAACCUUUAUUGAUGUAUGCACUUGUUUCUCGUAGUCGAAAAUGUAAAUAUUCGAUUUUAACAGAUAUAUUUUGUGUAAACAAGUUUUUUUUUUAAAUAAAUAAAGUUAAACCUAUUUA